GAAGUCCGCGUCACAUCCGGUCCGCUGCUGCCUCUCAGCGUCCCGAGCAGCUCACGGCGGACCAGCUCGUCCGCAACAUUCAGGGCUGCUUUGCUUUUAUUUCUAACGCGUGGAUGCCGCCAGUCACACCCGCCGCAGCAAGACGUCAUUUCGGAUUCGCCUCGAGGAGAAAAGAGCCCGAAAAGAACCGCGGACGUGUGAGACUGGAGAGUUUUUAUUGAUCAAAACAAGCUCUUUUUGGGCUCUGCCUGCUAGCUCUUUGCCCACAGAGUGAUUCGUUUCGGCCCAAGGAAACAUGAGCUUCCUGUUUGGGAACCGUUCAUCCAAGACGUUCAAGCCCAAGAAGAACAUCCCGGAGGGUUCUCACCAGUACGAGCUGUUGAAACAUGCCGAGGCCACGCUGGGGAGUGGAAACCUGCGCAUGGCGGUCAUGUUGCCCGAGGGCGAAGACUUAAACGAGUGGGUCGCGGUCAACACGGUGGAUUUCUUCAACCAGAUCAACAUGCUGUACGGCACCAUCACAGACUUUUGCACAGAGGAAAGCUGUCCAGUCAUGUCCGCCGGUCCCAAGUACGAGUACCAUUGGGCGGACGGAACCAACAUCAAGAAGCCCAUCAAAUGCUCCGCCCCCAAGUACAUCGAUUACCUCAUGACCUGGGUGCAGGACCAGCUCGACGAUGAGACGCUCUUCCCUUCAAAGAUCGGUGUCCCCUUUAAGAGAAACUUCAUGUCGGUGGCGAAGACCAUCCUGAAGCGCCUGUUCCGGGUCUACGCCCACAUCUACCACCAGCACUUUGACUCCGUGAUGCAGCUGCAGGAGGAGGCCCACCUCAACACGUCGUUCAAACACUUCAUCUUUUUCGUUCAGGAGUUCAACCUCAUCGACAGGAAGGAGCUGGUCCCGCUCCAGGAGCUGAUUGACAAGCUGACCACCAAGGAUAGAUAAGCAGCGACGUUGUCCUUUUUUUAUUUUAUCGGUCUUCUAGUUUUUUUGCACAGACGCCCCCCCCUGGCUGUACGUAUGCAGUAUACACUAUGUUUCCACUGGGGGAAAUGUUUUUAAUAAGGCCAGGAAGAAGAAAGCAUCUCGAUAGGGGCUAAAGCCAUCAGGGAUGACACACUCAAUAGAUGAAACCAUAGAGUGACGUACGGGGGGGAGAGAGAGAGAGAGAGAGCCCCGGUAUUCAGUCACAUUAAGGAUAAUAUAGACGUGAGUGUGUUCCUUUUCUAUUUGACUUCACAGAUUAUUUUCUUUUUCAUUGAAAUUAAUGACAACGCUCUCAAGAUUCCCAUUUAAAGGAGAAGAAGAAGAGUGUGAGCUGCUGUAUGAUAGUCGACAUAGAAGGAUCCGGGUUGUUACCAAUACAGAAUAAUCCUAAGUGCCUCGCAUGGCUCAUAAUUGCCCUAUAUCAACAGCUGGAAGAAGAUAAAGGCCAUAAACCACUGACUUGAUUGACAUGGCAUCAAAUUGUCCACCUCCUCGUUAAGGUUCCUUGAUUCCUAAUUCCUGCUUCUAGCCGUACUGUAAACUUGGUUGAAAGAUUUUUUUUAUUGUAGUAUUUUUUAAAGUCUCUCUACCAAGAGUUCUGAUAAAUGAAUGUGUGACGCGAGGCUGAAGUUGCGUCGUAAGAUUAAAAUUCAACGAAAGCUUCUACCGGUUUCUUUCUCCUCCUCGAGUGACACGACCCCGCGUGACCUUCAAGGGAUCUAAAACCUUUAAUUUGUAAAUAAACGUCCGCUAAUAGAAGCAGAGACCUGUGUUUUUAAAGUUUAAAACCUCCACAGUUUAAAGAAUAUAUAUACUACUAAGAAUCGGACUGCUGCAUCCCUCCUCGUUCUCUCACUCGCCCUGAAGCACUUUGAACAAUCUCCCUGACCUCUGACCUCUGCAUAGACUGUGUAUCACGUGACUGAUCAUAGCUUAUUUCCUCCCUCAUAUUUCCCCAAAAAUGAAUGUUGAAUUGCUAAACCUCUGUGAGAUUUCUUGUGCUUAUUUGUUGUUUUCUUCUUUUUGUAUUGUUAUUGUUUUUAUGGUCUGGGGUUGUUGGUUGCUUGAAGCCCCUCCCGGUCUCACCGUGUAGUUUACUAUGCAAUCAUGGACACUAAAAGGGUCACCGGGGACUUUUCUGACGUUAUUUUAUAUAUCUUUAUAUAUAAUUUGUCAGAGGUGUAAUACUUCAAUGCACACGUGUACAUAUUGAGGGUUAGACCUGUUUUUUUUUUUUCUUCUUCUUUUUCAGCGAGCAUGGAGUGGUAGCUUUUCGGUUUAAAGAAUGCAUGGAGUCUUUUUAGAGGCUCCUCCCCCUUUUCUCCUUAUUUGGAUAUUAAGCAAAUGUUUGUUUUUAUCGUGGAGUAUCUUUUUUUUAAUUCCACGUCCUUAGUUAACUAUUCUGAAUGUUACUGCUCACCAGAUGUAAUAAAAAGUCUGUCAUCCUGGAAGCAUCUCGUGCUCAUGACCUGUCACUCAAGCAUGUUGCCGAGGUCCCCCCCCCCCCUGUAAUAAUUGAUGACGUGUUUGUAUAUAUUGGCUCGGUAGGGGUUUUCAAUGCUACUGAAUGGAUUCAUGCUGUUUACAAGGAAAAUAAAGGUGGUCUUGACUCUUUGAA